AAAAUAAUCAAGAAGGGUAAAACUUAAAAAACCAUCGUUCAUCCAUUCAGUCGGUAGAGGUGGAAGAUGCUUUCGGAUCCAAACAAGACAAUCUCCUCUCUAGUCGUCGUCAUCGUCAUCGUCAUCGUCAUAAAUAAAUAAAUAAAUAGAUUGGCCUCUUCCUCCUUCCCUCCCUAAUCCACCUACAGCUAACUAACUUCUUCUCUCUCUCUUAAGAUAAAGUAAUAAAUUUCUAUGUCCAUCUUGCCCUCGCAAAAUCUAGGUUCAACAUCGUCAUCACCGUCACAUAUAAAUUCUCAAAACCCUAGUAUUAAUCAUGGAUCAACAGAACUUGACUCACCUCCUCCCCACCAUCAAUCACACUCUUUUCAAUCUCUUCGUAUCUCGUCGGAUCACCCAGUCAACAAUUUCACAGAAUCAGCUGCUGCAGCACCGGAAGUUUCUGGUGGAUCUUCCAAAAAGGUGAAAGAUGAAAAUAAACUAAAUGGAAAGAAGAUGCCUUUUCAGAAAAAUGUUUCUGGCCAAUCCAGUGUUGGAUUUUCUCAACCCAUAGGCUCAUCGGGUGGUCAUCGGGGAUCCCGAAUCAAUCAAGGGGGCGGUCCAACAUCAGUGGGACGGAAAGCACAGGGAGGUAAUGCUAAUCAUUUACUGAAUUUUCAUUAUGAUCCCAUUACUCGUCCACAAUCAAGGCCUACUCCUGCAAAAAGAUUGCCGAAGAGAAAGCCUUAUAACAAAGAUUUGUUUCUUCAAGCAAAUUAUAAGUUUGUGUUGUUGGAUUCUGGCAACCAUGCUCCUGAGAUGAUGGAUCCGGAUAAGAUGUUGCAAUGGCAGGAUAUCAUAUGCUUGAAGUAUUUCACCCCUCAUGCAGCAACUUGUCCAAUAUGUUUGGAGGAACUUUUGUGUCCACAGAUGACGUCAUGUGGUCAUAUCUUUUGUUUCUCGUGUAUAUUGAGAUACUUUUUGAUUGGUGAAGAUGAUCAUAAACGUGAAUGCUGGAAAAAGUGUCCUCUAUGUUUCAUGAUGAUAUCAUCAAAAGACUUGUAUACCAUUUACAUUGAGAAUGUCAAGCAGCAUUGCGUUGGUGAUGUCAUCGAAUUUAUGCUUUUGACACGUGAUAAAGAUUCAUUAACUUUAAGUGCAAAACAGAAAGAAAUGGUCGAUGAACAGGAGGAAGUCUAUGACUCCUUUUCAAAGUUCACUUUUACGGGAGAUGUUGAGCUAUCAGUUAGGAAAGCAAUGUCAGAUUUAGAUAGUUGGCUUGCUAGAGCAGAGUCGGGGCUUGUUGAUGACCUGGAAAGACUUCCAUAUGUCUGUGCGGCAAUGGAACAACUAGAAGAAAGGAAGAAAUAUUGGAAGGAACAUAGGGAUGUCGAUGGGAUCAACUCUCGUAAAGUUAAAUCUAUACAUGGAGGUUCUCCACCAAGUUUAAAUUUUGGUUCUUUUAUGUCUGAAGAACUUCCAACUGGUGUCAAUGAUGAAUCGUUUCUCGAGGCUGGAUCAGAGAUGGUUAACAUUAAUGAAUCUUCAUUUACUCAAACUGCUGACAUGGACGAAGCAGAUGAAGGCCAUAUUGAAACUUUGUCUUCUUCCUAUGAUGAUAGCAAGGGCAUACAGUUCCCAUCUGAUGGUUCCACAGAUAAGAAGAUCAAGGGAUCAUAUGAUUUUUAUCAGGCAGCUGAUGGUCAGCACCUCAUACUCCAUCCACUGAAUAUGAAGUGCCUUCUACACCAUUAUGGAAGCUACGAUAGGCUUCCUCAAAGGGUCAGUGGUAAGAUUUUGCAGCUGGAUUCUAUUACACAAUCUGAAGCCAUGAGAAGGCGGUAUCGCUACCUGAGCCAUUUUUCUUUGACAACAACAUUUCAGCUUUGUGAAAUCGAUCUCACUGGAGUGUUGCCUCCUAGUUCCCUUUCUCCUUUUGAGGAUGAGCUGAAAAGUAGGGAAAAGCAGCGGAAAAGGGUUGCCAGAAAGGAACAACAGGAGAAAGUCAAGGCAGAAGCCGCCGCUGCAAAUUAUGGGCCUGUAGCGUUUGAUAGUCAAGCUUCUUAUGAUUAUGCUCCUGCUUUCUCCUUGGAUGAUUUUGAAGCUUUAGGAAGCUCUUCCGUAACAUCGUCUAGCCCUCCAUCAGCUGUGGAAAGGCCACUAUUUUCAAAUGUUGCCAGGCUUGGUUUUGCUGCAGCUCAUGAUUCUCCUACACUAAGAGUAGAGGAACCCCAAAUGUCAAGUGGUUCUUCACCUGCCGUACCAUCAGGAGGCAUGCCAUCUUUCGCAAAUAUUAUAUCGAGAGCAAAACCUGUUGAACCUAAGGCAACCACUGAGAUUGGAAAGAAAGGAAAGAAAGCUAAUAAAGUCCUCUUAUCAACCUCGGGUGGUCGUCGCUAUUAGUUAGUAUGGGUGAUGAAUGUAUUCAUGUUCGAGAAGUAAAUAGAUAAUCAGGGUUUAUCAGACAGAUUUUAUAAUUUGGUUGUUAAUGUGGUUGAUGUGGAUAUUUUUGCAAAGUCAGCCAAAGGAAACGACAUGUUUGUACCAUUAAAAAUGUGUUAUGUCACAAGACAUUCAUAUAAUGUUCUUUGUAAGUGAAUGUGAUUUUGCUUUGUAA